AUGCUGCAAAUACUAAUCAAUAAACAACAAGGUCUCAUGUCUCACCCUAGUCUCAACGGUCACUAUCCGAUUCAACAACAGCCGCAACAACAGCAACAACCACAACUCCAACAGCAGCAACAGCAAGAACAAUUACCACCUCCGCCACCUUCAUUAUCACAGCAAAUGCCCGGGGUGUCGAAUUUACCUCCUUUCAACACACUUUCGUCGAUUAGCCAGGCACUGACGAUGCAGUCGCAGCCGGUUCCGCAGCACGGCAACAACAACUACUACUAUCCUCCGCCGGUGGUUCACCGACUGAAUGACAAUUUACCUGCAUUGAGAGCUCCUCCCGCGUUGACUGGCUCGCAGAUCAUGUCAACCCAAUUGCCAUCCUUGACUCCCACUUUGACAAACUCCACCUAUUCGACCAUGUCCUCGAAUUCAUCGGCUGAAAGUGGUAAUAGUUCCUUGGACCACAAUGCCAAGGCCAAGAAUAAACGGUCCAGCAAGGGGAGGGUCUUCCAAUGCACGGGCUACCCUGGCUGCAGCAUGUCUUUUACUCGACUGGAACAUUUGGCAAGACACAAGCGGAAACAUACUGGAGAACGACCUUUUACAUGCCCUUACUGCUGCAAGAAUUUCAGCAGAUUGGACAAUUUGAGACAGCAUAAGCAGACUGUUCACGCGUAUGAGACCUAUUUGACAAAGGAUAACAGCGAUAGCAAACUCUUGAUUGAAAAGCUGAUACUGAAGAAGAAAUUGAAACAGCAGGAACAGUUGCAGCAACAGCAGCAAAAGAAGAAAGCUGCCAAUGGCGAAUUGGCAUGGCAAGCUAGACAGUUGCAGGGCGACCAUCAUAAUUUAUUCAGACAACAGCCAAGUAUUCAGCAAGCGGCAUUUGCCGGACAUAAUCCGCACUUGCCCAAUACUUAUCCCCAGCCUCCCAUGUCGUAUAUUUAUAAACCGCCGCCCCCUCCUCAACAUCAUCACCAACAUCAACAUCAUCAUCACCAACAUGUGCCUAGAAGCCCCACGUCUCAUACGGGAGACUAUCAGAAACCAUUGCCUCCGUUGCCUCACCAACUUAGUCACGAGCAAUAUCCGGGUCCCGCUGCGUCUUCACCUCCUCCACCUCCACCGCCACCGCCACCGCCACAUCGUGAUAAUGACGAUGAUGAAGAUGAUGAAGAAGAAACUAAUGACAGUUCCGAUGAGUUGAGAAUGCCUCAAUAUGGAUUGAAAUCGAGGUCGAGAUCGAGACCUCAGCCGUUGUCGUUACACCAUUCGAAUUAUGAUCUGAGUCUGAGCGCACCUACGCCUACAACAUUGUCGCAUUCAAUUUCAUUCAAUGAUGUCAAUUCUUCGUCGCAGAGUAUGCAGAGAACGUUUAGUUCAAGCACAAUUGGAGCAAAUAGCUAUUCGCAAGCGCCAGCAGCGCCAUCUUCCAUCGCUUCGCAAACUCCAAACUUAGGGUCGCCAAUGUCUCCUGUCUUUAACCAUAACCAACAGCAACAGCAGCAGCAACAACAACAACAACAACAACAACAACUGCAUCGUCAUAGCGAUGGCAGCAUUGCUCGUUAUGGAUCAACAGAGUACCAACAACAACAGCAACAACAACAAUACUACGAGAGCCGUUUAUCUGUCGCACUGUCUGUCUCCUUAUCAUCAAGAGGUUCAAAUAUAAUGAACAAUCCCGCACGCGCAUCGACAAUCACCACCGCGUCCUCGAUUAUACCCUGUGUCACCACCACUUCUACCACGUCCACCGCCUCGAUCAAGUCGCCCGUUUCGCAGCACUUUAGUCUUUAUUCCGCCGCCUCGUCGAGCCAGUGGAGUCUGAACACCAAGGACACUGCUGCCACGAGAGAAAGCGUCUACUUGCCAAGUUUCAAGAACUUGCUACCCAACCACGGCACCAUCACUGAGGAAAACUCGAUCUUUAGCAACAACUCCAACAGUGCAAACUACAAUGGCGUGGCGAAUAAUGCCGCCAAUCCACAACAACAGCAACAGCAGCAACAACAACCGCAAAUGCAACAGGCACCGGCAUCGAAAAGCGCAAGCGUUGGUGGUUCCGGUGGGAGCAACUGGCUCAGAGGCGUGUUGAACCACGACCACCAACCGCAACCACAAUCGCAAUUGCAGCAGGAUGAAGAUUCGAUGAUGAUUGACGAGGACGAAGCCGUGCCUCGCAAUCUGGAGGAUGUGUCGAUGAAAAGAGCCGAUUCAGUCAGCGCCAUCAUCAAAUCCAGUUCCAACUUGCUGAUUUCCGAAGAGAGGAAAAACCCGGCAACAUCGCAAGAACAACAGCAAACAGUAGCACGUCCUCGCGAGAGUGAUGUCUCUGACCACGACGCUGACCACGAAGCUGACGCUGAGGAAGACGAAGACGUGUUUGUGGACGCAAACACGCUGAAGGACGCCCCACUGCUUGCGCUGCUUGCCGUGCCGCCUGGUGAACCCCACUCAGGAGCACACGCGCAGCAAGUACACCAAGCGCGACAAAGGCAGGAGAAUCUGAGCAGGAAACCUACGAUCAACAGCCUCAUUAUGUAA